UAGUGUUGUAUUUGGUGUAUGGCCUUAUAAUUAUUGUUGAGUCUCUCCAACAUGUCAUAUCAUUGGCUAUAUAUAUAAUGUAAUAACAGUCUUCCCUUCCUUGCUUCCUCCCUACCCAUUAAAUCUCUCUUUCUUCUCUCUCUUUCUCUGUCUCUCUUAAGCUCUAAAUUCCAAGUCUGUUGAAGGUAGAGGAGGAGGAAUUGCCAUGGAAGCAGCAGGUGGUGGUGAUCAUCAUCAUCUUCAUCAAGAGGAAGUCAUCAUGGGGUGCAAGGAACAACAACAUAACAACAUUAUUAUCAAGGGUAAGCGCACAAAGCGCUUGAGGCCCCAAUCUCCAAUUCCUUUUGCCAUCCCAACAACCUCAUCAUCCCCGGAAGAUGGCGGUGGAGGUGAUGGAGGCGGCGAGAACGAUUACAUCAAUAGUGCCACCAACUUGUCUCCCACCACAUCUGCUGAAUUCCAAGAUAGCACCACAGAGGAAGAGGAGGACAUGGCAAACUGCCUAAUUCUGUUGGCACAAGGCCAAUCUCGGGCUGCUUCUUCUUCCCCCAAUCACCACCACCACCAACCCCAUAACGAUCACAACACUACAAGUCGAAGGUUCUUGGAGGCAACGACCACUGUGGGGCCCACCGUGGCCAAGGCGGGGACGGUGGCAGCAGCAGGAGGGUGUUAUGUGUAUGAAUGCAAGACUUGCAACAGAACUUUCCCUUCUUUCCAAGCAUUAGGAGGGCACAGGGCCAGCCACAAGAGGCCCAAGGCAAAUAUUGGGGAUGAUCAGAAAAACAAACACUUAGCAAUUGGGUUGUUGGCAUCAGAUGAAGAAGACACACAAUUAUUCAAGAACAGCAUUCUCCACAACAACAACAAUACAUCUUCUUCCCCACUUUCUCUGCAUUUGAGCAACAGAGGGUUGGUUUUGAGUAGCAACAAGUAUUCUUCUAAGGUUCAUGAGUGUUCAAUUUGUGGGGCAGAAUUCACAUCUGGACAAGCCUUGGGAGGCCACAUGAGGCGCCACAGAGCGCCAGCUGCAGCCAACACAACCUUGGCAUUGACAGCUCCCUCAGUCUCUGCCUUUGAACCUCAGCAACAUCAAAAUCAACAUCAACAACAACAACCCGCUAAGAAACAGAGAAGCAUGUUGUCUUUGGAUUUGGAUCUCAACCUUCCAGCACCAGAAGAUGAUCACCAUAGAGAAUCUAAAUUUGUGUUUGCAACAUCAAAGCAGCAGCAGCAGCAGCAGCAACAGCAGCAACAACAGCAGCAGCAGCAACAGCAGCAGCAGCAGCAGCAGCAACCAGAAAGGUUAAGAACACAAAUUCUGGUGGAUUGUCAUUACUAAAAGAAAGGUUAAGAAUUUUUAGUGAUUUCUUCACUCCAAAUUGAUGUCAAAAAGGUCAAACUUGAUGUGAAUUGCCACUUUAAUUUUCUUUUAACUUCUUUUGUUAUACCAUUCAAAAUUAGACCAUUCUUUUGAUUCUUUUGAUUCAUCUUCUUGACCAUUGUUUAAAAAAAGAAAAUGAAAUAUAUGGACUCUGAUCAAAUUCUUUGUUAAA